UUUAGUUUUCUGAAUAACUUAUUAGAUUAUUCUCUGCACACAGAAGAGAGCAGCACUUUGUCCCCAGGGAAAGAAGCUAUUUCAGACUUCAUUAAGGAGUCGUCUAACAUGUUUCAACAAUCCCUACUGUUGCUCUCUUUGUUUUAAAGAUAUCAGUCUGAUUUUGUUUCAUUCGCAACUGGAGACUAAAUGACACCAAGCAGAAUCUACUGUUAGGUUAGAUUACCAGGACACUGCUUGUGAAGGGAAAAACAUGCAGACUGCAUCUUUGCUUUAUUAUUUCCUGCUUGUCUGUUUGUGUAUUGAUUUUGCUCAAAAUCAAACAAAUGAAAUUCCUAGGAGGCAAAGAAGGAGAAUGCGCUAUAGAGGAUCAAGAAAGGGUUCCUCAGCAUACCACAGACCAAACAGACAACCACAGAUUAAGACUUCAACUACUGUUGCUGUAGUACCAAGCAUUCCCCUUAUUAAUAUUGAUGAUGGCAUUACAGAAGUAUUUGAUUCUCUUAUAGGUUUGGGUGGACAUGAAUCCAGUUACAAUGUCUUACCAGGAAAGAAAGGGCACUGUACAGCUAACGGGAUGAUUAUGUACGAUAAAGCUGUGUGGGCCCCCAAACCUUGCAUUACUUGUCUUUGUUCAAAAGGAAAAGUGAUUUGUGAUGAAACUACGUGCCUUUCUCUGACAUGUCACAAAACCAUGAUACCUGAAGGAGAGUGCUGCCCAGUUUGCUCUGAUAUUGUACAAUAUAUUUCACUGGAUGACACACCUGAAAUUUCUGGUGCUUCUCCAGAGCCCAAUGACCCUAGUGACCCAAUGCUAUUGCAACCACUGCAUACCCAGGCUGAAAUAGAUGAGUUACUUAGACGAGAGAAGGAAGAACUUGAAGGGAGAGAAAAGGAAAUUCACAAAAAGGAUGAAGAGCACAGGAAGAGAAAAGAAAAGAAAAGUCAGGAGGAGAAAAAAAUACGUGACUAUGAAGCCCAUCAGAAAGUAGAGGAGGAAAUAAGCAGGAGAGAGGAAGAAAAAAGAAGAGCAUAUGAAGAGGAAGAGCUACAAAUUGAAAAGGAAGAAGAAGAAAAAAGAAAGGAAAACAAACGUCCAGAGCAAGAAAGAAAACAACAACAAAGUGAAGUGGAAGAAGAGGAAGAGGAUGAACAUAUUUUACGAGGUGAUGUUUUCAGAAUGCCCCCUCGAUUCCCAAUUCCUGUUCCUCCUGCAGAAAUUCCUCCUUUGCCAAUGGGAUGUUCGAUUUCUGACACCACAAUAAGCUGCAUUAAUGCCAAACUUACACAAAUACCACCAAUUACUGAUCCAGAGCUAACAAGCUUAGAGCUUGAAGGGAAUACCAUCACUUCCAUUCCAGAUGAAGCAUUCAAUGGGAUCCCUAAUUUGGAAAGGCUUGAUCUAAGUAAAAAUAAUAUCACUUCUCCAGGCAUAGGUCCACAAGCGUUCAAAAUCCUGAAAAAGUUAAAACGUUUGUAUAUGGAUGGAAACGCACUAGUACAUAUUCCUCCUGAAUUACCAUCAGCUUUAGAAGAACUUAAAAUAAAUGAAAACCAUCUCCAUGCUAUUGAUGAAGACAGUUUACAAGAAUUAAAGAACUUGGUGACCCUAGAAUUAGAAGGCAAUAAACUUAGUGAAGCAAAUGUCAGUCCUUUAGCUUUCCGUCCUUUGAAAAGCCUAUCUUAUUUGCGCCUUGGAAGAAAUAAAUUUAGAACUGUCCCACAAGGUCUUCCCACAUCUAUUGAGGAACUAUAUCUGGAAAAUAACCAAAUAGAAGAAAUUUCAGAAAUUUGCUUUAACCAUACCAGCAAUAUUAACAUCAUUGUGCUGAAACACAACAAAUUAGAAGAAAAUAGGAUAGCACCUUUGGCUUGGAUUAAUCAAGAGAAUUUGGAAUCUAUUGAUCUUUCUUACAAUAAAUUAUAUCACGUUCCCUCCUAUCUGCCAAAAUCCUUACUGCACCUCGUACUUAUAGGAAACCAGAUUGAGAGAAUACCAGGAUAUGUGUUUGGUCACAUGAAGCCAGGGCUGGAAUAUCUCUACCUUUCUUUUAACAAACUUAACAAUGAAGGAAUAGAUCCAGUGUCAUUCUAUGGAGCUUAUCGGUCUUUGAGAGAGUUAUUUUUGGAUCACAAUGAAUUAAAGUUUGUACCAUUUGGAAUCACAGAAAUGAAGGCAUUAACCUUUCUGAGGCUGAACAACAACAAAAUACGGACAGUCCCUCCAGAACGCAUUUGCAGAGCUAUUGUCAAUGAUGACAAUGUUGAUGAUGACAGUAAUGAUGAUGAAGAGGAGGUUGAAGAUUCACGUUUGGAACAUCUUCACCUUGAAAACAAUUUUAUCAAUACAAGAGAGCUGUCACCAUAUGCAUUUUCAUGCAUAAGAUCCUAUUCCAGUGUUGUUCUGAAACCACAGAAGAUCAAAUAACAAGCACCAUAUAUUUUCAUUGCAAAGCCCAUUUUUUUACCUGAAGUGACAUUAUUUAUUCUCCAUCGGAUACACAGAUGAUCUCCUAGCUAAAAGAUGUCUCAGCACUGUUCAUAUACCAUUAUUUUCCUAAUGGUUUCAAUUGAUAUAUUAGUGUAUCAUCUAAAGACUGCUUGAUUUGUUUAGUUUAUACUGUUAAAUAUGCAUACACACACACACAAUUUAAUAAGGGACUUUUUCAAGUUCUAUUAAUAGCAUGUCAACUUGAAAAAGAGACUAAGGCUACGUCUACACUGGGCGAGGUUCGACCUAAGAUAUGCAACUUCAGCUACGUGAAUAGCGUAGCUGAAGUCAGAGUAUCUUAGGUCGAUUUACUUGGCCGUGAGGAUGGCGGUGAGUCGACCACUGCCGCUCCGCUGUCGACUCUGCUUCCCCCUCUCACCGUGGUGGAGUUCCGGAGUCAAUGGCAGAGUGAUCAGGGAUUGAUUUAAUCGCGUCUACACUAGACGCGAUAAAUCGAUCCCUGAUAGAUCAAUCACUACCCGCUGAUUCGGCGGGUAGUGUAAACUUACCCUAAGUGGGGAUAUGGUAGAGGUAUAUAAAAUCAUGAUUGGUGUAGAGAAAGUACAUAAGGAAGUAUUGUUUACUCCUUCUCAUAACACAAGAACUAGGGCUCACCAAAUGAAAUUAAUAGGCAGCAGGUUUAAAACAAACAAAAGGAAGUAUUUCUUCACACAAUGCAGAGUCAACCUGUAGAACUCCUUGCUAGAGGAUGUUGAGAAGGCCAACAUAUUAACAGGGUUCAAAAAAGAACUAGAUAAAUUCAUGGAGGAUAGAUCCAUCAAUCGCUAUUAGCCAAGAUGAACAGGGAUGGUGUUCCUAGCCUCUGUUAGCCAGAAGCUAGGAAUGGGUGAUAGUGGAUGGAUCACUUGAUGAUUACCUGUUCUGUUCAUUCCCUCUGAAGCACCUGGCUUUGGCCACUGUUGGAAGACAAUACUGGGCUAAAUGGACGUUUGGUCUGACCCAGUAUGGCCAUUUUUAUGAUGGCAGUAGGGAAUGAUUAUAAAAGACUCACACCUUUUAUUUUCCAGAUAAUUAUUUUCAAUAAUCUAUUGGCCUGCUCCUCUGAGGGAUACUGUAAGAAACUGCCACUCUGUUUUACCAGACAAACUGCUGAUCCUGAAUGAUCUUUUCUUUUUCUGAAUGGAUGAAAGAGAAGAUGGAACAGGUUAAAUCAAGGGUUGCCCUUUAAAAACGGCUUCUAUGUUGUAGUAGGCAGCACACAAAAGAGUCUGAAGUCACAUGGGCACAUCCAGGUUUUUACCCCUUCCUCUGGAGUUGAAAUUAUUCUGCAGUCGGGUCUAGUGAUGCAGAUGAAAAUAUGGAUAUUAUUUCCCACUUUUACUAUGCAAAUUCACUAUGUAAAUUAAUGUACACAAAAAUAGGAUUCAUACAUAAACAGACAGUCAAGGACCAAGAGUUUUUUGUUUUUAAACUUAAUAUCAAUAGCUAUUAUAUACAGCAACAUAUAGCGCACAUACAUACGGCAGAUUACUCUGUUUUCUCUAAAAUGAAACAACCACUAAUGUAUAGAAGAUAGAAUCCUGUUAAUUUUCUUUUAAUUUUUCUCUUAUAAAAUUAGAUGACUAUACAUGACGCACAAUUAUAUUCUGCCUGAAUGCAAACCAAAUUAUGUAGAAUGCACUGCUUGAAAAAAUUGGCGUGGUAUGUGGCCUUUUUUUGUAAAAACAACUGCUUUCGUUAUUUUGCUUGAUUAAGUAUGGUCAUAUAGGUAUGAGAUACAGAUUAACUUUUUUAUACAAUGUUCUACUUUUCACAACUUUAAUAAUUAAAAUAUUUUUGCAUUUC